GCGCCGGGGGAGGGCUUUUAUUUUGGUGUGAAUAUGCGUACAUUUAAUUCGCGUUGUGUGGGAUUUUUGUUUUCGUUCUGUUAUUGUCCGAUAGGACGGAUUUCACUCUGAGGAUAAAUAACGGGCCACAGGCCUGUUGUAAAAUGUCCUGCAUUAAAAUGCGCUGGUGGGUUUCCUCAAGUCUGUUUAAAUAUUAUAUUGUCUUGUAAUAUGAUGGAGAUAUCAGGCUGUAAUAACAACGAAUUAGAUCUAAAUGUGUGUUUAUAGGACACCGAUUACAUAGGCUAUGAUUAGCAUACCUUUUGAUGUUCUCUGAAACCCCAUCACAACCAGGCCUCGACCAAAAAUAAAACCUAAAAUAUUUAUACUGUAUUUGCAACAAUGGACCGCAGAUAAGAACCUUCAAUGCAUCCAUAGCUUUAUUAUAUCAGCUUUUACCACCACUGUAGUGCCAAUAGGAGUAAGCUAACGGAUGAUAUUAUAUCUCGACAGAGAACGUAAAUGACGUUAAUAGCCUAAACAGUAUUAAAUCAAUGUCACAUUAUUGUUGCCAAUAUCCAUCAUUUAGUAUUGCUGCAGAGGAACAAUAACGCUCCCAUCGAGAGAGUAUAUUCCAGUAGCCUACAGCCAGUCCAGGGCCAAGUUCACUUUACACACAUUAACGGUCGUUAUGUGUAGCCUACAUUAACAUUUCCAGCCCAAACAAUUCAAUAGAUUCCAUUAUUAUAGGUCAUCGGUAAUACUCGAAUAUUAAACGUAAUCAUAUUGUAUAUUCCUUAACAUAAAGUAGGCAAGACAAUAUAAGCUCGGCCACUUAACAUUAUAGCCUAAACGUGUGGCAUUCUGUUAAUCUUAAAGGGGGGGCGUGGGGGGUCCCUAAACCUUAUCUUUUCCAAAUCGGUUGAACUUAAGGGAACACCCAAACCGCCUUCGCUGAAGAAACAGGCUGCACCGCAAUCUGCAACCUGCAAACGGUCCGAGAGGAGAGAGGCAUUCCACAUCCCGGGACCUGACAUUACAUGAUGUUGACAUCGUUUCGUUCGUUGAAAACCACAAUAUAGGCCUAGGCCUAAUUAUUACAAGAUCCGUUGCAUGCGGGGCUUAUGAGGAGAACAAUGCAUCCAUUCCUAGGAUCUAGGGCUCGUGGGUUUGUGCGCGUGGUGAUGAAAAUGAUGGAAAAACGGAAGCAAGAGCUUUGUCCCGGGAGUCCCGACGUGGCGUCCAGUCCUCGAGAGAAGGAGGACUCCAUCACCAGACUCAAUGGAUGCAAAGCUGACGAAGACUCGAGGGAGGCGGGGGACUUCACCGGAGAGGGGGUUAAGGAGACAGAUGAUGACGUCCCUCUGCAGAACUCGAGCAACGGGACCAUCAUCAUCAUCAACGGCGUUGCCAAGGAAACUGCCUCUCACGACGCCCUUGACCUGAAAAGGGAAGUGCCAGUGAUCGAGCUCUCGAGGAGAGACGCUAUAAAAGCGCUAGAGCAGAGGACGGAGAGCCAUUUGGUGCCGAGCACGGAACUUCGCAGACCUCCCGUGCAGUUUCCGCUACCGCGACGAGACGACGCUCGAAUGGUGCAGCUGAGCCCCAACGCGUUCCCACUGCCGGCGCGAGCGAUGCUCUACAACCUGGCGCAACCUCUCGCCGCCAUCAACAGUCUCGGAGGGGAGUCUGACCAGUACGGCAUGUACCCCAGCAACAGGGUAAAGCGCAGACCAGCGCCUUACGAUGUUGAGUUCGACGAGGGUAGGCGCAUUUUAGAUCUUUAUAAGUAUGCCGGCCAGCCCAAGAUCGUGCGCCGCAUCUUCACCAACAGCCGCGAGCGCUGGCGCCAGCAGAACGUCAACGGAGCGUUCGCCGAGCUCCGCAAGCUCAUCCCCACGCACCCGCCGGACAAGAAGCUCAGCAAGAACGAGAUCCUGCGGCUGGCCAUGAAGUACAUCAGCUUCCUGUCCAACCUGCUGGAGGACCAGGACGGAGGGCGGAACCCGGGCGACGGCGACACGGGGCUAACGGUGGGGCCCCGCGACGGGUGCCCCAUGCAGGGCCCGGACGGCACGGUGGGGGGCCUGAGCCGGGAGGACCUCCUGGACACCAUGUCGCCCGGCUCCAGCUGCGGGAGCCUGCCCGACGGGGACGGGGAGGGCAGCCCCGAGAGCUUCACCGAGGACCAGGAUUCACCGCCGGCGGCCCCCAGGACUCUAGGUUCCACGCGAGGGCCCCCGCUGCACAUGUCCACCCGGGAGCUCCGGCGCAAUGGACGGCCCUUGGACGGAUCCGGGCGGCGAUGAUGGCGGCCCGCCGGCGAAUGCAGACGGCGGACCAGACGCCCCUGAGAGGGGGAGGGGACGGCCGUGAGCGAGGAAAAAGAUGGCUGUCCGACUGGCGUCCGGUCUAGCGGCGCUGGGUGGGGGGGUUCAAGGUGCUGCGCUGAACGUAGGAGCGUUGACCUCGGACACGUUUGAAGAACCCUCAAGCCUUCAAGGUAGAUUAGCAUCGGCCGCGGCGUGGAUAUUUUGCUCAACUUAAAGACUUGUAAAUUCUGCAUGUCAUGCGUCUUUGACCGACCUGCGGAUCAGAACACAUCCGGCGCUCGGAUGUCAUCCAAGUGGAAAUACUGGCUGAUGGCUGUAACUAAAGUAUAUACAAAAGAGAAAGAAAACAAAGUGGGACGACGCAGAUCAUUCACAACCUAUUAUUUUGUGUUUCGUUGUCCCGUGUUGACUAAAGAUUGAGGACCGCUGAAGCGAUUGGGACGGAAAGAAUUCGGGUUCCGUCCAGAAUCUCACCAUUUUAAUUUACGUGUUUUCGAUUUUGCUUCAAUUGAAAUGGUUCGCGAAACACCUAACGCUAAAUAUAAAUCACGCCCAGCACACACGAACAAGCAAACAAAAAUAUAAUAAUAUAAUCCUUGACAGAAAAAAGAAAUAGGACAUGAUUAUGAAUAGCUAGACUCAAUUGCAACUCUUCAGGUAUGAAUUGUAAAUAGCAUUACAUUCCCAUUCUACAAUGUAUAGACAAGAUGUGUACACGAGACCGCAUUCAUUUGCGUCCGGGUUUUUCCCGAAUUGUCUCCUAAGGUAAGGGAAUGCAGAUUGGGAGCGCUCAAAUUGUUCACCAGGCAAUAAGAUUUAUACAUCAAAGUGGUACCAUAAUUGUUUGCCUGUUAGACUUUGGUGAUGAAAUAAUCCUACCACAUUUGGCAACAGAAAGCCAAACACGAUUUCACAGCCUGAAGACAAAUCGUACAAUUUCUAUUGGCUGUGGAGGUACAAGGCCGUGUUUCUUAAAGUGUACAAUAUAUGGGUCAUAGGAACUCAAUAAGUGACUAAGGCCGUCCUUUUUAUAUGAAUGUCUAUGUUUGAGUGUGUUUUUUUUUUUUUUAAUUAAAACUAUAAUACCGUUGUAGUUUAGAAAGGUACACAGAAAAAAUACCCCAUCUAGCAGACACAUAUACAGAGGCACAGACACAUACGCAUUGGCACACGCACACACACACACACACACACAUACACACGCGCGUGCACACACACACACACGGGCGCGCGCACACACACACACACGCGCACACACACACACACACACACACACACACACACACACACACACACACACACACACACACACACACACACACAUACAUACACAAACACACACACAUGGACACACAGUGUGUGUUAGAUCAAACAACACCAGCAGUCUUCUGCCAAAAGAGACAGUUGGGUAUUGCUCCCUUUUCGUCCGUUCUUCUGCCUUUUCAGCAGAGAUUAGUAGCCCAUACUGGUACCUUUGGUCACUAUGGUAUUUUAUGAAAGGGACAUUAUGUUUGGUAAUGGAAUAAUUGUUGUAUGAUAAAUGUAACUAUAAAUAUAUCCAAUGUUAAGUGAAUGAAUUUUAUAUUAAAAAACAUCCAAAUAAAUCA